CUACCUACCCGCCCCGCCCCUCUCUUUCUUCUUCCUUCCCCCAUCUUCUUCCUCAAGCCUCUGCAAUCUAUCUCUCAUAUCUUCUGUAUUUUUUCUUUAAAGGGCGCGUGUCCGAACGCGCCAAACACCUUCCCCUUUUGACCCGAGGCGCCGUGGACGGGUCUCCGUCGACGUACCUUGAUCCGGGGCGCCGAGGUCGCGUUGGAGAUGCUCUUACAUAAUCAAACACCUAAUUAUUUUAUUAUUUUUUGAAUAAUUAACUUAAAUACAUUUAGUUAAAAUUAAAUUUUUUUAUUAUAUUUAUAAGUAUGACAAAUGAAUUAGUAUUAAUUUGAUAUCAAUAUAACAAUUAAAAAAGAAUUUGUAUGUUGCAUGGGGUGCAAAUGAUAAUUAAAAUUUGAAAAGAAUUAAAAACCCUAAUUUGAAAUCUGAAUAUCUGAUGUAGUGGCGCACAACGCGUGAUUCUUUCUUCCUUUCCGACUUCUUCACUUCUCCUCCCAAUCUGAACCGCUGCCGCCGUCGCCGCCUUCGACUGCGUUAGGUCCACUGCUUCGGGCUGCCUCCGACUGCCGCGGACCCCCUCUUCGAAAUCUGUUUCAGCAGCGGCACCCUCCGACCGCUGCUCGCCCGCCAAGCUCCAGCGCUGCCGUCGACCGCCGCUGCUCUCAAAAGGUAAUGUAAGUGGAAGAAGAUGAAGGAAAAAAAAAGCUUCAAGUAAUGUCAGAGUUGUUGCUGAGAUGGUCGAAACUCGCCAUGUGAAAGAUUCUAAACCUGAAGAAUAUGUUACAAAUUCUGAAAGAAUUAGCAACGGUGGUGCCACGAGGAACACCAAGAAAGGUAAGUCGAAAAUUCCUGAAAGAAAGAAAAAGAAAAGGCAGCUAGUGUCAAAUCACAUAUCCUCAGAUAAUCUGCUGGAAACAAGACAAGGAAAUGUAGAUGAAGAAGAUGAAGUUUAUCAGAUGUCUUCAGGGGUUGAAGAUUACUCUCGAGGAAUGAAAAAAUGGAUCACACUCUAUCAUCAGAGUAGACCUGGGCUGAAGGUUCUGCAAGAGACGAUCGAUGACUUCCUAAUGGCUCACGAAGUAAGAGAGGAGCAGGCUAAAGCAGAGCGGCUUGCCCAAGCUGCAGAAGGUGGAUGGACUGUUGUUGUGCAUCAAAAAGGUCGUAAAAAGACUACUGAAGCUGAAAGUGGAAUUGCUGUUGGUUCUGUUGCCCAAGCUGCCGUCCUAGACAAGAUGGGAAAGAAGAAAAAGAAGGAAGUCGGCCUAGAUUUCUACCAGUUCAACAGAAGGGAAGUACAUAGAAACGAGAUCAUGAUGCUGCAAAGCAAAUUUGAGCAGGAUAAAAAGCGGAUACAACAGAUGCGAGCUGCAAGGAAAUUCCGCCCCUACUAACUAACUGCUUACCCCUCAAUGAGAGUUGGAAUCUCACUAUCUUUGAAUGGAUUUAGAGAUUUAGUUUCACUCUGAAAAGCAUUAGCAUUGUUGGACCUUUUGGCUCUUAAGAUGUAAUGAUGUAUUGGCUGGUUAGAUUGCAUUUGGAUACUGCCUAUUGGAAGCCAAAGUUUGGAUUAAAAAUCCAUAUAGCAAAGUUAUUAAUGCUUUUCA